UACCCCGUAAGAUGUCAUAGAAUAUGGCGGCCGCUGUGUGGUGAAGGUUCCUAGGAAACUGCGGCGGUGUCUGUGGCGGCACAGGCCUGCUAGUUAUGAGCUGUGCGGGGAUUAUGUCGACUGAAGAGCCCGGGAGAAACCUAUGGGGGUUGGUGGGUGACAGCGGCGGGUGGAAGUGAGAAGCUUCGGUGCGUAUCCAUACCCCCCCCCCUUUUACACUACUGCGUCCCCCGUUGCCAGCCGGGGGAGGACUGGGUUACCGCCGCACUGCGCGGCUCUGGACCUCUAUUCACUGAGCCUCGAACUGUAGGGCCAUGAAGGGACUUGGCCUUACCCUUGAGGGCUUCGGACUCCUGCUCAUCCUGACGCUGGGUCGGGUCCAAGCAGCUCCACUUCCUGAAACAGGUGCAGAAGAUGUUCCCACUGAUGGAGUUCCCUUGUUUUCUGUGCUUCUGUCCGUAUGCAGUUUUAUUGCAUUGGUUCUCCUUGUGAUCGGCUGUAUAUCUUGCUGCAAAGAGCAAGAAAUAGACUUCAAGGAAUUUGAGGAUCAUUUUGAUGAGGAACUUGAUUUUACACCUCCCGCAGAAGAUACCCCAUCAAAUCAGUCUCCUGCUGAUGUUUUUACUUUAACUGUCCCAACUGUGUCUCUCUCUGUUCCUUCCCAGCUACAGGCAGCUCAAGAUUUAUCAAAGUACCAAAUACCUCGUCACAGUCUGAGCUACAUCCAGGAAAUUGGAAAUGGCUGGUUUGGGAAGGUACUGCUUGGAGAGAUCUACAGAGAAAACAGUGUAGCAAGAGUGAUUGUGAAGGAAUUAAAGGCAAGCGCUAACCCCAAAGAGCAAGAUCACUUUAUAAACCAUGGAGAGCCAUACAGUUUUCUUCAUCAUCCUAAUAUUGUGCAGUGUGUUGGGCACUGCAUUGAAACCAUGCCCUAUCUCUUGGUGUUCGAGUUGUGUGACUUGGGUGACUUGAAAACUUAUUUAACCAAUCAGAGAGAGAAAUUGAAAGGGGAUACAGAAAUUGUGCUGCUCCAGCGAAUGGCUUGUCAGAUAGCAGCAGGACUUGCCAUAAUGCACAAACACAAUUUUGUGCACAGUGAUCUGGCGCUCCGGAAUUGUUAUGUUACAUCCGAUUUAACCGUAAAAAUAGGAGACUAUGGCAUAGGAUUCACUAGGUAUAAGGAAGACUACAUGGAGACCACUGAGGAAAAGUUUAUUCCUGUUAGAUGGACUGCUCCAGAGUUAGUGACAAGCUAUCAGGAUCAAUUACUAGUGGCAGAUCAGACAAAGUCCAGUAAUAUUUGGUCACUAGGGGUAACACUUUGGGAGCUAUUUGAAAAUGCAGCCACUCCCUACGAAGAUCUGUCAGACAGUGAAGUCUUGGCUCAAGUCAUUAAACAGAGAGAAGUUAAACUUCCUAAUCCGCAACUGGAACAACCGUAUGCAGACAGAUGGUAUGAAGUUUUGCAGUUCUGUUGGUUAACUUCAGACAAAAGACUCACUGCUGAAGAAGUCCAUAGACUACUUACAUACCUCCGCAUGCAGAGCCAGAAGGAGACGGAAGAUGACUUUGAACAACGUUGGAAUUCUCUUAAACCAAACACUAGUAAUCGGCAAGCAUCUACAAAUAACUUGGCUUUUCCAAUCUUGGAGCAUUUCAGUGGCGAUGAGCUAAGCCAAGAAAUGGAUGAAGUUCUUACUGUUACUGAAACGAGCCAGGGGCUUAGCUUUGAGUAUGUAUGGGAGGCAGCCAAAGAAGACCACUUUGAAGAGCAGGGACACUCCGAUUCUGAUGCUACGGUCAAUUACAAUAGUUUAUUUUUCCCAGUGCCUGUUGAUGUUUUACAAAAGCCAGGUGUUGAUGCAGAACAAGGGAAGCCAGAACACAGUGGGCGCGACAACACCCUUGGUGCUUCGGAAGUUGUUCCAGUAUUUGAUUCCCACAAUGUUUCGGUUGCCAAUGAAUAUUAUAUUCAAUUGGAGGAGCCAGGAGAAAGCAGAUUGGACUUUGAUAAUAAGAAACAAGAAUCAGAAAGUGCAACUUUGCAGUUUAUUGCCCUUAAUGAGCUCAAAUCAUCUGGAACAAACAUAAAAUCUGAUUUUCUUCCAUUUGAAGCUGAACAUCGCCAUCUACCAGAAUAUCUGCAUGUUUCUAGUGACAGUUUUCCAUUCUAUAACUCAAUUAAGAAUGUUGAUUGGUCUGAUAAAAAGCCUCUUGGUAGUACUGUCCGUGAGCUUCCACUACAAAAUGGUCUUCACGCUGACAAUCCCUCCCUUCCAUUUUCUGAAAGCUUUAAAUAUUCUGAAAAAGAGUCCACUAUUUGGGGAAAUAUUCUAGAGACUGACCCCGUUGUACUAAAUGUGGAGGAAUUGUCUGAAAACUUCCUGUUUCUUAGAGAAAAUCAUUUGUUAUCUGACUCUCUGUUUAAGGGAAACAAAACCUAUGAGCCUCAAGCAGAAUUUUCAAGUAAAGUCAGUUCGCAAAAGCUCUUUGAAAUCUCCCACACAAACAGUUUGGAUGUGGAACUCCAGCUUUCAGAGUUAAAUUCAUCUGUGCUCCAGUCAAAUAAAACUAGUUUUGAUAACUCUCCACAAACUGGGCAAGAGAGUGGUCUCAAAACAGAGUUAACCUUGCCCUUACCUAAUACAGAAGGUCUGACAAAUGAUUUUUUUGUAACCUCAGUGAGACCUGGACUCACAGAUAACCAACAUACAGCUAUUGAAGUUAAGAACGUAAACCAUGCAAGUGAAGGUGUACCGAACAGCCAGCUUGCUCCUAAGAGCCAUGCUGCAAUAGAUGAUAGUAUUGAUCUUUACAGAUCAGGCAGCAAUGAAAAUAUAUUUGUUCUGCCAAGCACCAAAGUGGUUAAUGAUGAUGCACCUUUAGGGCAAGCGUGCCUCAACUCUGUAGAAGCUCCUUCACCCCAGCACCACACAGACAGUGCCAGUGUGAAUGAUGAUGACCUAAAUCCAUUCAUUGUAACGUCUGCUGUUCCAUCUGAUUCUACAAGUCAGGAUAGCCUGUUAGAUGAUAGUUCAAAUUUUAUGCCGUCUUUGGUGCCAUCCAUAGGAACCCCUGAUUCUUUAGACUCUUUAGAUGUUCAGAAUGUGCUAGAGACUCUGGAAAGUGAAGAGCAUCAGAAAUUUGGACAUUCCGAUAAACCUGCUGAUAGCGGCUACGAAACGGAGAACGUGGAGUCUCCAGAGUGGACAUCUCAUGCUAAUGGGCAGUUAGGCCAUGACCCUAAUGAAAGGAAUGGAGUGUCUGCUGCCACUGCUCCGAUUAUAAUCAUAUCAGAUGCUGACCAUCUGUUGGAUGAUGUCGGCAAAACCCAAAUGCCUACAGAUGUAAGUCCCAGUUCUUACAGAGACUCUGCUUAUUUUUCAGACAAUGAUUCUGAGCCUGAAAAGAGGCCAGAGACCAAUUCAAAUCUGCCAGUAUUACUCACAUUUUCAGUAACAGGAUCAUUGUCUGAAUCCACUGAUAAAGUAAUUAGCCCCGAGUUAGCUGCCAAAAAUGAAACAGAGGUGGAAAUUGUGUCACAAAAAGAUGACCCGAGUUUUCCACUGCAGUCCGUAGAACAGGUAGAAACCGACCUGAAUAAACAUGAGGAUUCAGAGGAGAAUGAACAUUAUGAAGAAUGGAAUGAUUUUUCACCCAGUUCUGAAGAUGAUGCAAACCAUUUUUCAGCUGAACCAACCCGCCCAGAAAAUGAUGAGGAUUUUCUAAACCCUUUUGGAGCAUCAGAGAUCUUUUCUUCCAUGAAUAAACUGAAAGAGAUGCCAAUUGUAAGCCUCCCUGAUGCUCAGAAAUUGAAAGAGCCUGAUAUGGAAGGGAAAUACCUGGGAAAACUCGAUGCAUCUGGCCUGCUGGAUUUGUCAUCAGAGGACGGCAUGGAUGCAGAUGAAGAAGAUGAAAAUAGUGACGACUCUGACGACGAUAUAAGGGCUUUUAAUCUUAACAGUUUUAGCUCUGAUAGUGAUGAUGACAUCGUCCAUCCUGUUCCUGUUGUUCAUGUGGAAAAUGAUGACGGAAGGCACCUAAAAAGCCUAAUAAAAUCAAGCAAACCUGCUACUGACAUGUUCUCUGAACUUGAGAAAAGGAGCAGUAAAGCUGUGAGCUUCUUUGAUGAUGUCACGGUCUAUUUAUUUGAUCAGGAAACUCCAACCAAAGAUCUUGGUUCUCAGGUGGUGGAUACAAACAGCCAAAUCUUUAGUAGCUGUCCAACUACUCCUCCUCCACCCCCUCCAAGUUACCUAAACCGGUUUACAAACUCUGAGAGUUCUACUGAUGAAGAAGGGGGCGGCUUUGAAUGGGACGAUGAUUUCUCCAAUACCGAGCCUUCAUUUUUAACUAAACCAGCAACGGGCUUCAGUGGGCAAAAACUUUCCAUGAAUCCCUCUAAGUACUUCUCACCUCCGCCUCCAAGGAGUUCUGAUCAGAACUGGACGCACACCCCGUCUUAUUCACGUUUCUCUAUUUCACCAGCAAAUAUCGCCAGUUUCUCUCUUACGCAUUUAACGGACUCCGAUAUAGAACAAGGAGGCAGCAGUGAGGAUGGCGAGAGAGACUGAGCGACACUGGUGUGACAAGGAUGGAGAGUGAAGACUUUCACUUUUGGGAGUGCAAACACAAUGCAUCUAUUUGAAGUAACAUGUUACGCAUGAAUUCUGCAAAAGAAAUGACAGCGACACACUUUAUGUUCCUCUGUGCAAUCCGCUUCCUCAUCGACGAAAAACCUGUUUCUACUGCCGUGCUCCUAAUUACUUGAAGCACCGUUUGCUGUAAAUAAUCACAGAACUGUAGAAUCGGUCCGACUUUGUAGGGAUUGUUUUUCAUUGUUUUCCUUUUUUUUUUUCCAGCUCGGCUGUAAUGAUUCUUUUGUAUAUAUCUUCAAUCAUGUCUGUGCUACUGUAAUGAUAUUUGGGAAUGUGUAUUCAGUGAUGUAUCAAAAACACUAUGUAUUGCUCCUUAUUGCACUGUGUAAUGUUUUCCUGCCUAAUGAUACGUGUACAGAGUUUUUAGCCGUUAACGGAGAAACGCCACUCGCCAUGGAUUUUCUCCUGUGCUCUUGUUUGAAAUAUUAUUCCCUUGUAUUGUAUCCUGCAUAAUAAGCUGCUCCUGGGCAUCUGGAUCUCUGUUUUUAAUAUGCCGUUCCAGUUCUUGAUAAAUGCUUACUUUUACAGCAGCACUAUGUCGGGAUGUGGGAUCCCGCCGCUUGCACCUCAUAUUGUGGAUUUUUCACUCCUGCAGACGUUGGUUUGUUUACUGUGAAUUGGAAUUUGUUACUGGAAUGUGGUAGGUGAUAAAUGAUCACAAUACAAAAUGUUCAACUCUUUAUUAGAAGAGCUAAAGUGGAGCAAGGCAACCUUCUUCUAGUGCUCCUUCUGAGCUCACCAGGUGGAUAGUAUGCCAAGCUCAUCCAAGUCCAGGUGGAUAGGAUGUCAAGCUCGACCAUCCCUUAUUUUUCUUCAUAUGCUUGAACUUGAAUGGGACCUACUCCAUUCGUUGGAGUCGUCUGCUUUCUGCUGCUAUAGGUUUGUUUGUAUACAGGACUGUACCGUCGCAUUUUAACUGGGUGUUGUGCUUGUCUUCAAUGGUUCAGCCCCUAGCAGGUGCAAUUUCUCCGCCACUGGCCUCCAGAUCAAUGAUCAGUGUGUGUUUUUCAUUUGUUUUUCUUUUUUUUUGCAUUUGUGUUGACUAGGUAAAUACUGGUACAAUUCUGACUGUUUUUCAUUUCAUAGAGUGUUCUUCCAUUGUGGUAUGAAGAGACUCACUUGAUGUUUAGUUGUAUGAAAGAUGACUUGUUUAAAAUUGCUGGCAAAUUUUAUCCAGAUUUUUACAGUUGGGCUGCUACAGAAGGCUAUCUUAAAAGGAAAAAAAAACAUGGUUCCUGUUAGUGGAUUUAUGAUUAUAUAGUGUAACGUUUUAUUUGCCUUUUCCUUCGUAUAGUUGGAUCUCACCACCUACAUAUUUCUUUGAUUUGGUGUAUAAUACCUAUUUUUUUUUUUACAUUUUUAUAGUUCUUAAAAUGUCUCAUUGAAAACGGUAGAUAAACCUAAGAUAAUACUUUGGGCUUUGUUUUCUCAUGUUCAAAAGUUUCCUUAGUGUCGAUCACCUAGGACAGAUUUUUUGGUUGUGAUGAUUUGCUCAAUUACACUGGUUUUUACAUGAUGUUUUCCCUUUACCUCUUGUCUUUAGUCUUACUAUAAAUCAGGACUGUUCAAAUGGAAGCCCAUGGGCUGAAUGUGGCCCUCUGAAGGGUUUCUAUGGCCCCCAGUCUGCUCAAGGGCUUCAAAGACUUUUUUUUUUUUUAUAUAACCUGGCCCUAGAACCAAAUGUAUGAGAAAUAAUGGGCCUACUACAUGUAUUAAGUUAGACACAAUUGCUAUCAAUUAAUGGAAAGUAGUCCUAAAGGUGAAGGCGUUUACUUAAUUUCCUAAUUAAGUGCACUUCCCUGUGACAUUCCGGGGGGGUAUGUGCUGGUUUCCUUUCUGAAAGUGAAACUAAUGUGGCACAUACAAGGUGGAUGAUAGUUUCCCAGUAUCUAUGUUGCUGAAGAGCAGCCAAAAUCCAUUGAAUCUAAAUCUAAAGGAGCCGAUUAUUAGGUUAUAAUGUUUAGGUCGGAGAUUCUUGUUUUGGAACAGCAAUGCAAGCAAAUCCAGAUUCCUCUUGCUUUUUCAUAUAGAUAAUAUGAUAUGAGUCUUUUCAAUGCCAAAGACCUGCUAUUACUCGGAUUGGAAGUUUCAUCACUUCAGCGCUACAAAGAUAAAAUUACAUAUUCAGUUCCCAAUGAUUUCAUUGGUAUCUUUUUCUUUGGAAAAUGAAAACUUUUGGGGUUUUUUUGUUUUUUUUGAGAUGUCACCUGACUACUGAAAUGGCUGGAGACUGUAUGAAUGCUGGGAAUUAAAGAAAUCACUGCGAACAUUUGAUCAUUUCUUCAAUUAAAUGUGAUUGAGAUGACUCUCAAACGGACGCAAGGGAUGUUGCUAAAGAUUACACAAACGAUUCAACACAACUAUGCGAGUUUAACUUAAAUAGGGGUUUUUGGGGGUCUAGCCACACUAAUUGUUGGACAUUAUCUAAAAUGUCUGAGGCAAUAUAACCAGUUGCACUGACAAGCCUAUCUCCCUCCUUCCUAUAACUAAUGUGCAAUCAGUCAGUAUUUUACAAAAUACUCCUGUAUGUGUAAAUUGUAUUGCUAUGAAUAUAGAAACAUAACAAAUGACACCUCUAGGUCUUAGAUACUGCCCUGUACUGAAUACUCAGUAUGUGCAAGUGUGGUAUAUUUUGAAUAUAGAUGUAUAUUGGGGGGUGGGGUCUUAGGCAUGAAGGUUUUGUAGCCUUAUUAUAUUUGCCUUAAAUUAAAAUUGUAUAAAAAAAAUUAAUUCCUCCCUUCCCCCCC